AAUAAUAUCUCACAUUCACUGUAGACCGUGCGAAGCGACACCAGCGGGAGAGGGCGGGUGUAAACGCAGCAGCGCCGUCUGUAAAGAGCUCCGGGUCGGCAAGAAUAUUCUCUAAUGGAUACUCCUGAGAGCCCUACCCAGUCCCCUCAGUCUCCUGAGGAGGAGGAGAAGGGUCUUUCUGACAGCGAGCUGCUGGAGUCUCCCGACGAAGAGGAGGACAGACUCAUCUCGGACAGCGAGAUUCUCCGUGAGGACGAAAACGGAGGCCUGGACGAGGAGGAUGAGGCGGUGGGAAGCCAAGAGAGAGGUUCGGAGUUGGAGGACGAGAGAGAGGAGGAGGACGAGGUGGUCCCUGACUUUGUGUCCGACCCAGAGGAUGAGGAGGCCGGAGGAGAACCGGGAGGGAUGGGGCAGGAGGAUGAGACUAUUGUUCUGAUGGAGGGGGAUGAAGAUGGUCCACAGGGGGAGGAAGAGGAGGAGAAGGAGGAGGAGGAACGAGUCAUUGACACCCCACAGUCUCCAGACUCAGAACCAGAACAGGGCAAAGGCUUCAUCGCUGAGGAGGAUGGAGAAGACGGGGAGGAAGGAUACGACGACGACUACAGGAAAGCAGCGCAGCAGCAGGCAGCCGAGCUGGACGACGAAGAGGAGGACAAAAACAAAGCCGAGGACGAAGAGGAGGACGAAAGGAGGAGGGCCGAGGAGAGGAGGAGAGCCGUGGUGGUAAGGGAGCUGAAGGACGACUCGGCGUCGGUUUCCCGGGAGCUGGACGAGCACGAGCUGGACUACGACGAGGAGGUGCCGGAGGAGCCCAGCAUCCCGGUGAACGAGGAGGACGAGGACGAGGAGGAGCCGAAGGCGGAGGACGAGGAGGAGGAGAGCGAGGACAAGCGCAUCAAGAAGAAGGAGAAGAAGCCCAUCCUCCCUCCGUCGCCCAAAGAUGGCGAGUCUAGGAGGACGGACGACUCCAAGGGGCCCGAGAGGAUUCGCAGGGAUUCGUUCAGAGACAAGAAGAAGGAGGAAGACGACGGAGAGAUCGACGAGGGAGAGAUCGAUGACGACGACCUGGAGGAAGGGGAGGUCAAAGAUCCCUCGGACAGAAAGAUCCGACCGCGUCCCAUCUGCAGGUUCUUCAUCAAAGGAAACUGUACUUGGGGUAUGAACUGUCGCUUCAUCCACCCCGGAGUCAACGACAAAGGAAACUACUCCCUCAUCAGUAAACCAGACCUGUUCUCACCCAAUGGAGCCCCUCCUGGAGGACCUCACCCGCUCAUCCCCAACAACCCCUGGGCUGCUCCUGCUGUGGAGGAGCUCCCUCCACCUCCUCCUCCAGUGGAGCCUCCCGUGGAGAGCGCCUGGGAGAGAGGUCUGCGACACGCCAAAGAGGUGCUGAAGAAGGCCACCAUCCGCAAAGAGCAGGAGCCCGACUUCGAGGAGAAGCGAUUCAACGUGACGAUCGGCGAGGACGAGAGGGAGUUCGACAAGGAGAACGACUUCUUCAGAGAACGCAGCUACCGAAUCAUCAGAGACGAAAUGGAAUUCAGAGAACCUAUUUAUGGCGACCCAUAUGCCGACCCGUACUACGACUACGAAAUGGAGGCUCUGUGGCGAGGAGGCCAGUACGAAAACUUCAGAGUGCAGUACACAGAAGCUCCUCUUCCGUAUCACUAUAGCGAACGAGAACGCGACCGAGACCCUCGCGAGCGGCAACGCGACCGCGAGCGGGAGAGAGACCACCGGGAGAGGGAGCGCCGGCAGCGCGAGAGGGAGAGGGAGCGAGAGAGGGAGCGGGAGAAGGAGAGGAUGCGACGGAAGGAGGAGUGGGAGAGGGACCGGAUGAAGAGGGACGACAAGGAGAGGCCGAGGAUGAGGCCUCCCCGAGACGCCCGCGAGAAGAAGGACGAGGACAAGCUGAAGCCUCGGUCGCCCCUCAGCCUCCCGCCAAACAGGCCGAUGGAGCCUCCGUCGAAGAAGGAAGUUGUUCCAGUCAUGAGGCGACCAGACGAGUGGAAGGACCCGUGGCGCCGGUCCAAAUCCCCCCGGAGACGCCCCGGCCUGGGAUCCCCGCCGCGAGGCCGCCGGCGACAUCGACCAUCGGGCUCCUCGGUGUCUUUGUCCAACUCCUCCAGGUCUUCGUCUCGUUCGUCAUCCUACACGGGUUCUGGUUCGUCCCGUUCUCGCAGCCGCUCCUCCUCGUUCAGCUCGUACUCCAGCCACUCCUCCCAGAGAAGCUCCUUCAGCGGCAGCCGCUCCAGGUCCCGAUCGUUCUCCACGUCUCCUUCACCGAGUCCGGCAGCACCGAGGAACGCUAAGAACAAACCGGACCUUCAUCCUGCGUUAAACAAAGGCAUGCCGCUGAAGCCGGGUGCCAUGCCCCCUCCUCGCAGGGACAAACCUCCCAUGAAGAAGGCUCCCAGCCCCCCUCCACCCGGCGGACCACAGGGCCGGCCUCCCAAGCCUCUGCUGGAGGGAGGAAAGCCUCCGCCGAACCCCCGGGAGGCCGGAGGUCCGGGCGGCGGACCGGGACCAGGCGGAGCGGGGCGACCGCUGCCGCCACGGGAACCUGGGAAACCUCCGAACCCGAGAGAAGGCAGGCGGAAAGAGCGACAGCAGCAUCCUCCCCGCAGGCGAACGGUGAGUGGGAGUGUCAGUGGAAGUGGCAGCAGUUAUACUGGUUCGAGCUCCAGAUCCAGAUCCUCAUCCAACUCCUUGUCACGCUCUCGCUCUGGAUCAAGAAAAUCCAGGAAAUCUAGGUCUCUGAGCGUCAGCAGCGUGUCGUCGGUUUCGUCUGCGUCAUCCAGCAGCAGCUCCGUGCGAAGCGCCGACUCUGACGACAUGUACGCCGACCUGGCGAGCCCGGUGUCGUCGGCCAGCUCCCGCUCGCCGACGCCGAACCAUCCCCGCAAGGAACGGGGGCCGCCACGAGACCGGCCUCCCCACGGGAGAGACAAGAACAGGGAGCGACCAUCGAAGAAAGAUGAACCUUUCAGGGACGACCGGAGGAAGAUGGACCCGUCUGGAGCUCCGCCCCGAGGAGGAAACCCGGUGCCCAGAUCAGGACCUGGAAACAGGGGCGGCCACCCUGUGCACCCUCCCCCCGGCUCCAUGGGCCCCCCUGGGAGCUAUGGAGGUUCGGGUUCCCACAAAGACAUCAAACUCACCCUCCUCAACAAGCAGCAGGGAGACAAAGGCAACAGGAAGCGGUACCUUCCUUCAGACAAAGACCGGCCGGGCUCCCCCCUCAGCAAGAGGAUGGCCAUGUCUCCAGACAGAGGCCGCGAUAAGAGGAUACCCGGCCGACCCCCGCUGUCCCCUCGAAUGGAUCGACCCAGAGGCCAGGGGCCCCGACCGAUGCCCCCCCAGGGAGACAGAAAACGUCCUUUGUCUCCGCCCCCCAAGUCGUCCGGGAAAGGCCCAGCGGCACUUUCGGGAAAGCCGACCGCCCCGGGCUCGGCUUCGGCCGCCGGUUCUGGCUCUGCCUCGGGCUCCGGGUCGGGCUCCGGCUCCGGCAAACCCAGCAACACACUGUCCCGCCGCGAGGAGCUCCUGAAGCAGCUGAAGGCCGUGGAGGACGCCAUCGCCCGGAAACGAGCCAAGAUUCCCGCCAAAUAAUCAGCCGCUCGCUCCUCGCCUGUUUUGCCUGCACGGCGUCGUGAGGGUCGGAGCGUCGGCCCGCCGCCUUCCAACGGACGUGUAAAAAAUGUUGUAUGGUUCUUGUAUAAAAAGGCUGUUGUGUAAGUGAACAGGAAGUGGCCGCCACGAAAACCAUCCUGUGCUUGUUGGCCCUCAGAGACGAUGGGCUCUGCUCCGUUUUCAGAGCGCCGUUCGCUCCCUCCGACAGUUUACCUCACCGCGGAGACGGAGGCACAGCCGGGCACUCGGCGAGGGAGGGACGUCUCAGGAAUCGGAGAAACAGAAGAGGAUCACUUGCUGCUCACUUGGUUCCUUCAGUUAAAAAAAAAAAAACAAAAAAAAAGGAAGCAUCUUCCUCAUGUGGUGUGACGAGUAACAGAUUUAUACACAUUGAACCUUGCGUCUGUCUUUCUCUGCCCCCUUUUAUCGUCGUCUUCUCGCGUCUUUUCCUUAGUUCUCCUCAGUGUGGAGUGGCGUGACUGUCCUGACAGGCUUCACAGCGCUUCUUUGUAUAAAUCUACGAGUCCGUUCUCAGCUCCUGCAGCCGUCACAAGCAGAGGUUCUGUUCAUCUUCACACCGGCGACUCGUCUGCGUUCAGUGCGUUCGGGCAGCAGCGUCGCACUUUGUACAAUAAUAGCAACUCAUCAAGAUUCUUUCAAGCGUAUGAUUAUAGACAACAGUGAUGUGAAGUAUUGCUCUUCUUUUUUCUUUUCCUUUUUUUUUUAUCCUGCAUUUUCUUUAUUAGCUCUUCAAGUGAUAAACUGAUGUUUAAUUUGUGUCACGUUUUUAGUUGGAGGCGUCUGAGAGGUGGAACGGGGACAUUUAGAGACAAGAUAUGUUUUGCUUUUGUGACAAAAGCCUUCUAAAUAAACUAUUUUGAUAAAGA